AACAAAUUAAAAUACCUGUCAGCCAUAGAAAUUGCAACUCCUUUUUUUCUAAGGAUUUUCGCUUUUUAUGAUGUUUAAGAUAAACUUUCAAAGGUACAUAAUCUUUUAAUUUUAGGUUUAAAUCACCAGACAUUAUAAAUGGAGUAAUGGAGAAAAUGGAGUGAUGGAGAAAAUCGUGGGAGAGUUCAAAGAAAAGGGUCGAAAUAAUAAAAUAACUGUGAAAAAGAAGAAGAGUUCGAGAAUUAUAUGAUUAGGCCGCGAGCCGCCCGCGGGAUUUUAACUAAACCUGCGAACAACCAGCAGAAUAUAAUUAACCCAUACAAACGAACGGACUCACCGACUCACCGUGAUUCCACUCUACACAAAAAAAAAAUCGUACUCAUAUACCCCCAUUGACGACAUGUUGAAAAAAGUGAGGAGAAGCCUUUGAUUUGAGAAAGAGAAAGAAAAGAGCAAUGAGCCAAUCUUCUGACUCAAAAAUUCCGAAUUGCGAAAGUGAGACAUUAGUGGAAGCAGCAUUACGAGUACUCAACACAUCGGAUCUCUUUGAGAAAGCUAAACUUGGAGACGAAAUCGCCUGCAAAUGGCUUCAAGGCAUUAUUUCUCAGCCUUACCAUCCUUCCAAUGAUCUUCACAUCCCUCAUCGUCCUGCUCGUCCUACUAAUGUCAAGUUGUUGUCGCCAAGCUUGAUGCCUAAAUUGGGAAAAGCUGGAAGCCUUCAGAGUCGUCAAGCAAUUGUUCACAGUCUCGUGCAUACUGAAAGUUGGGCAAUUGACUUAUCAUGGGAUAUGAUUGCUCGUUUUGGAAAACAAGAAGCAAUGCCAAGGGAAUUCUUUACUGAUUUUGUUAGAGUUGCACAGGAUGAAGGUAGACACUUCAUCUUUCUUGCCACCCGACUUGAGGAAUUGGGCUCCUGUUAUGGUGCUUUGCCAGCCCAUGAUGGUUUAUGGGACUCGGCCAUUGCAACAUCAGAUGAUCUUUUGGCACGGUUAGCAAUUGAACAUUGUGUGCAUGAGGCUAGAGGACUUGAUGUGAUACCAACAACCAUUGCUCGUUUCCGCAAUGGUGGUGACCAUAAAACAGCAGAUCUACUAGAAACUGUGAUUUAUCCUGAGGAGAUCACUCACUGUGCUGCCGGGGUGAGAUGGUUCAAGUAUCUUUGCUUGAGAUCUACAAAUGUUGCUCCUAAAGAAGAAUGUGUGGUUGAGGAAGUUGCAGACGAUGAUGCAGCUAUUCAGAAGUUUCACACAACAGUCAGAACUUUUUUCAGGGGGCCCUUGAAGCCUCCUUUCAAUGUAGAAGCAAGGAGAGCUGCUGGAUUUCUCCCUGAAUGGUAUGAACCUCUUGCUGUUAAAGAACUGGAAGUUUUUCCUGCAAGCUGAAAUUCAAAGUUUAACCAUUUUAGGAGAGUGCUUAGCUUCUCAAAAACACCUUUUCUUUUUUUAUUUUUUUUUUUAUUUUUUUUUUAUAUCUUGUUUUAUUCCCCCUUUUCUCCUUUUUAUGAUUUUUUUUUUUCUUUUUUGAGAAAGUAAGAUAUACAAAGAUUAGGGAUGUUUUUUCUCAAUCCUACCUUAUUUCCUUAAAUGACUAGUUGUGGGGUAAUACCCAUAGGCAUAGGCUCAACAUUAGUUCUUAAUUUGUGGGGUAUUUAGUUCACAUUAGGUCAACGGAGUGAUUUCAGAAAGGGAUAAACAAGGUCUCCUACCUAUUUGGAUUUGUCUCAUUAAUGAAAUGAAUUGCUCCUGGAUUUUCUUUGUGAUUGUUUGAUUCAAAGCUGGGAAUCAAAUUAUAAUUUGUUUAUUCAUUCUU